AUGGACAGCCUUCUGUACUACUACGGUGGCGAUGGUGCCACGUACUACUGCCCUAGCUGCACUGGAGCCACUGGGCUCACAUGUCUCGGCCACAGGUCAACGUCCCCACGCAGGAGAGGGGCUGUGCAGAAGGAACACACCUUUGCUGAA